UCAACAGCCAUGUAACCGCAACCUUGAAAUGCAUUCUGUCAAGUUUACCGUUUCUCGUUGUAUGGUUAUCAGUUUCGUGUUCAGUUCAGACUCAGUUUCUCAGUCACUCGGCAUUGCUUGUGUAGUUAAAGCAGUCAGUGGGUCAAUCGUCAGUUAUCAUUCAGUGUUGAAUCAUGGCAGCCAAAAUAUUUAUGGACAUGCCUAGCGGUUCAAAAAUGCCCGCUAUAGGUCUAGGAACUUUUCAGUCAGUAGAAACUGAAUUGGAAAAUGCGUUGAAUGCAGCUUUGGAAGCUGGUUACCGUCAUAUUGACACCGCUUUUGUGUAUGAAAAUGAGGUUGUCAUUGGCCGAGUGCUAAAACAAUGGAUAUCAUCUGGGAAGGUGAAGAGAGAAGAACUUUUCAUAACGACCAAACUGCCUAUUUGUGGUGUUCACGAAGACAGAGUAGAGCUGUUCAUCAAGAAAUCAUUGGAGAACCUACAACUGGAUUAUAUCGAUCUAUAUCUUAUACACUUCCCAAUCGGUACUAAUUAUGUAGAAGGACAUUCUGUAACACCUCCGGAUCAGGUCAAAUUAGAGAAAUCUGAUCAUCUUGCAAUUUGGAAGAAAAUGGAAGAGCAAGUCGAAGCCGGUAGAGCCAAAAAUAUCGGGGUUUCCAAUUUCAAUGAGAACCAAAUAAAGAAGAUAAUAGAUUCUGCCAAAAUCAAACCAGCUUGCUUACAAGUUGAAUUACACCUUUCUUUGCAGCAGAAGGAACUCGUUGAUUUUUGUCAUCGAAACGGAUUGGUUGUUGUUGCAUAUUCUCCUUUGGGAUCACCAGGCUUCAAUACAUUUUUAGAGAGUCUUGGUCAGGAAGCCAUUCCUUUACCAAAUUUGCUGCAGAAUCCAGAUGUGAAGAGAAUCGCUGAAAAACAUAAGAAGGCAAGUGGACAGGUGAUGCUGAGAUUCUUGAUCCAAAAAAAUAUCGUACCAAUACCAAAAAGUGUCACUGCUUCUAGAAUCAAGGAAAAUAUUGAGGUUUUUGAUUUCUCCCUCGAUUCAGAAGAUAUGAAAGUACUGGAAAGUCUCGACGUUGGCGAAAGAGCAAGAAUAUUUGAUUUCAACUUCUUUCCAUUGUUGAAGGAGCAUCCUGAAUGGCCAUUCAAAAAAUAAACUCCACCAAACCAUGUACCUGAACUGAGGGUUAGGUAUUGUUUCGAAAUCAUCAUUCGUCCAUUACAAGUAAACAGUAGAUAUUAAUCUCCUGCAAAUAGAACUGAUCUAUAUUUCAAGUAACUCUUUUGUAGAUACGUUACAUUCACAUAAAUAAAUAUAUGAAGUAUUGAAA